AUGCCUCCAUACUCCAGCGCGCAGAAGCAACAGAUCGCACAGUUCAUGAGCUUCACACAGGCUAAGGAUACGGUAGCUGCUAAGUUCUUGAAAUCGGCAAGAUGGAAUGUUCAAGAAGCAAUUGAUGCAGAUCAAGGACUCGUUCCCUCUUCGAGCAUUUGGAUCUGGAAUCCUCUAUGCAAUUUUAUCGAAGCUGGUCGUUCGCCAUUUGUCGGCCCUGUGGCCGCGGUUCGUCUAUUUGAGAUGGCGGCUUUGUUCCGCGUCCUUCAUCAGACAAGAACAGAGGUUACUGUUGCCUUCUGCGUACUUCCUAUCCAGCCAUCGUUAUGGCAGGGCAUUUCCCUUCGAGAAGAGACCGUCCGACGCAAUGCAGACUCGACUUCAGACAAAGAGCCUCCCACAGACGAACCGGCCGAGAGCCCCGACACCAUCGGCAUCGACGGCGCCAUGAAAUUCUUCGGUGAUAUCCAGGUCCAGCUGGAUGAGGUGACCUGUCUGGGCAUCGCCGAGCUCUUGAAGUCGCCUUCCAUGGGAGAAUUUACUCGAGAGGGGUUCUUGAAUGGUUGGAGAACUGUCGGUUGCGACGCGCUCGACAAAAUGACCACCCACGCAUCCGACAUUCGCGCCCGCAUCCCCACCCAACCGGACCUCUUCCGACGAGUAUACCGCUACACAUUCCCGCUCUGCCGCAUGCAAGGCGCACGUAACCUACCAUUCGAGAUCGCCGCCGAGCAAUGGAGUCUGUUCUUCACGCCGUCGAACGGCGGCAUCGAAUGGAACACGGCGACCACGCCGUGGCUGGAUUGGUGGGUGGAGUUCCUGGACGAGCGCGGCAAGAAACCCGUCAACAAGGACCUAUGGGAGCAGGUGGAAGUGUUUAUGCGGAAGACCCGUGAGGAUGAGGCCUUUGGGUGGUGGAGUGAGGAUGGGGCGUGGCCUGGGGCGUUGGAUGAGUUUGUGGAGUGGGUUGGGAAGAAGAGGGAGGGGGGGAUGGAGGUCGAGUGA